AUGUCUAUCUAUCUAUCUAUCUAUCUAUCUAUCUCAGUCUCUUCACUAUCUAGCUAUCUACUUCAUUUUGUGAUCUAUCUGUCUAUCUAUCUAUGUAGGUCUGCUCAUGUCUAUCUAUCUAUCUAUCUAUCUAUCUAUCUAUCUCAGUCUGCUCAUGUCUAUCUAUCUAUCUAUCUAUCUAUCUAUCUAUCUAUCUCAGUCUCUUCACUAUCUAGCUAUCUACUUCAUUUUGUGAUCUUAUCUAUGUAUGAGUCUGCUCAUGUCUAUCUAUCUAUCUAUCUAUCUAUCUAUCUAUCUAUCUAUCUAUCUCAUCUGCUCAUGUCUAUCUAUCUAUCUAUCUAUCUAUCUAUCUCAGUCUCUUCACUAUCUAGCUAUCUACUUCAUUUUGUGAUCUAUCUGUCUAUCUAUCUAUGUAUGAGUCUGCUCAUGUCUAUCUAUCUAUCUAUCUAUCUAUCUAUCUAUCUAUCUAUCUCAUCUGCUCAUGUCUAUCUAUCUAUCUAUCUAUCUAUCUAUCUAUCUAUCUAUCAGUCUCUUCACUAUCUAGCUAUCUACUUCAUUUUGUAUCUAUCUAUCUAUUCUGCUCAUAUCUAUCUAUCUAUCUAUCUAUCUAUCUAUGUCAGUCUGUUUAUUAUCUAUCUAUCUAUAAGUCUGCUCAUAUCUAUCUAUCUGUCUAUCUAUCUAUCUAUGAGUCUGCUCAUGUCUAUCUAUCUAUCUAUCUAUCUAUCUAUCAGUCUGCUCAUAUCUAUCUAUCUAUCUAUCUAUCUAUCUAUCUAUCUAUCUAUCUAUCUAUUCUGCUCAUCUAUCUAUCUAUCUAUCUAUCUAUCUAUCUAUCUAUCUAUCUAUGUCAGUCUGUUUAUUAUCUAUCUAUCUAUCUAUAAGUCUGCUCUAUAUCUAUCUAUCUAUCUAUCUAUCUAUCUAUCUAUCUAUCUAUCUAUGUCAGUCUGUUUAUUAUCUAUCUAUCUAUCUAUAAGUCUGCUCAUAUCUAUCUAUCUAUCUAUCUAUCUAUCUAUCUAUCUAUCUAUCUAUGUCAUCUGCUCAUAUCUAUCUAUCUAUCUAUCUAUCUAUCUAUCUAUCUAUCUAUCUAUGAGUCUGUUUAUUAUCUAUCUAUCUAUCUAUAAGUCUAUCAUAUCUAUCUAUCUAUCUAUCUAUCUAUCUAUCUAUCUAUCUAUCUAUGUCAGUCUGUUUAUUAUCUAUCUAUCUAUCUAUAAGUCUGCUCAUAUCUAUCUAUCUAUCUAUCUAUCUAUCUAUCUAUCUAUCUAUCUAUUCUGCUCAUAUCUAUCUAUCUAUCUAUCUAUCUAUCUAUCUAUCUAUCUAUCUAUGUCAGUCUGUUUAUUAUCUAUCUAUCUAUCUAUAAGUCUGCUCAUGUCUAUCUAUCUAUCUAUCUAUCUAUCUAUCUAUCUAUCUAUCUUCUGCUCAUGUCUAUCUAUCUAUCUAUCUAUCUAUCUAUCUAUCUAUCUAUCUAUCUAUCUCAUCUAUCUAUCUAUCUAUCUAUCUAUCUAUCUAUCUAUCUAUCUAUCUAUUUAUUUCAGUCUGUCCCGGUCUUUGUUUCAAUCUAUCUAUGUAUCUAUCUAUCUAUCUAUCUAUCUAUCUAUUUAUUUCAGUCUGUCCCGGUCUUUGUUUCAGUCUAUCUAUCUAUCUAUCUAUCUAUCUAUCUAUCUAUCUAUCUAUCUAUCUAUCUAUCUAUCUAUUUCAGUUUGUCCCGGUCUUUGUUUCAAUCUAUCUAUCUAUCUAUCUAUCUAUCUAUCUAUCUAUCUAUCUAUCUAUCUAUCUCAGUCUGUUUUUGUCUGUCUAUUUAUCAAUUCUUUUUUGUUUUUCUAUCUAUCUAUCUAUCUAUCUAUCUAUCUAUCUAUCUAUCUAUCUAUCUAUCUCAGUCUGUUUAUAUCUAUCUAUCUAUCUAUCUCAGUUUGUUCAUAUCUAUCUAUCUAUCUAUCUGUCUGUCUGUCUGUCAGUAGAUGUGUGACGUUUGGCAAGCAGUGCAACUAUGUCCAUGCUUCUGAUUUUCUUUCAUGCCUUAACUUAUUUUUAAACCUAUAUUCAUACUAUUCUUCAUCAUCAUCAUCAUCCUCAUCUUCUUUUUCUUCAUCAUCUUCUUCCCUUUCUUCUUCUUCUUUUUCUUCUUCUUUUGUUGUUCUUUUUCUUCUUCUUCAUCAUCAUCAUCAUCAUCUUCUUUUUCUUCAUCAUCUUCUUCUUUUUCUUAUCCUUCUUUUUCUUCUUCUUUCUCUUCUUCUUUUUCUUUUUCUUCUUCAUCAUCAUCAUCAUCUUCUUCUUCUUUUUCUUAUCCUUUUUCUUCUUCUUCUUUCUCUUCUUUUUCUUUUUCUUCUUCAUCAUCAUCAUCUUCUUUUUUCUUAUCCUUCUUUUUCUUCUUCUUCUUUCUCUUUUUAUUUUUAUUUUUCUUCUUCAUCAUCUUCUUUUUCUUAUCCUUCUUUUUCUUCUUCUUUCUCUUCUUCUUUUUUUCUUCUUCUUUUUCUUUUUCAUUAUCUUCUUCUUCUUCUUCUUCUUCUUCAUCUAUGUGCUGUGUCCCUUCAGGAAGUGAUCUUUCUUUUUUGUUUCUUUAUAUAUCUAUCUAUCUUUCAUGAUCUUUCUUUCUUUCUUUCCUUAUCUAUCUAUCUAUCUAUCUAUUUAUCACGAUCUUUCUUUCUUUCCUUAUCUAUCUAUCUAUCUAUCUAUCUAUCACGAUUUUUCUUUCUUUCUUUCUUCCCUUCUUUCCUUAUCUAUCUAUCUAAUGAUCUUUCUUUCUUUCCUUAUCUAGCUAUCAUGAUCUUUCUUUCUUUUUUUAUCUUUCUUUCUUCUUUACCUAUCUAUCUAUCAAUCAAUCAUGAUCUUUUUUUCUUUCUUUCUUUCCUUAUGAUCUUCCUUUCUUUCUUUCUUUCUUUCUUUCUUUCUUUCUUUCUUUAUCUAUCUAUCUAUCUAUCUAUCUAUCUAUCUAUCUAUCAGGAUCUUUCUUUCUUUCCUUAUCUAUCUAUCUAUCACGAUCUUUCUUUCUUUCUUUCUUUCUUUCCCUAUCUAUCUAUCAUGAUCUUUCUUUCUUUUUUCUUUCUUUCUUUAUCUAUCUAUCCAUCAAUCAUGAUCUUUCUUUCUUUCCUUAUCUAUCUAUCUAUCUAUCUAUCUAUCUAUCUAUCUAUCUAUCUAUCUAUCAUGAUCAUUCUUUCUUUUUUCUUUUUUUCUUUCUUUCUCUAUCUAUCUAUCUAUCAUGAUAUUUCUUUCAUUCUUUCUUUCUUUCUUUAUCUACCUAUCUAUCACAAUAUUUCUUUCUUUCUUUCUUUAUCUAUCUAUCAUGAUCUUUCUUUCUUUCUUUCCUUAUCUAUCUAUCACAAUCUUUCUUUCUUUCUUUCUCUAUCUAUCUAUCUAUCUAUCUAUCUCUCUCUCUAUCUAUCUAUCUAUCUAUCAUGA